GAUAAGCGAUAACGAGGUGGCAGCGCCGUCAGUCAAACGCAACAGCUGAGCGAGCAGAAAAACAGCUGUUUGAAUAACGCAGCCAAAUUUAAGCAGGUGAAAAUUGUAAUAUUUUGUGAGAUAAAUUAAAGAAUAAAUGAAUAUGUGGGAACCGCCACGACUGAGUGCAUCACUACGUGCCAAAACAGAACUCGAAUCAACGUCACAACGCUCCAAUGGACUGGGAAAUGGACGUUUCCCAUCUGCAGCGUCCACGACGACAAUUUGCUCUGAGAAAAGCGAACAGACCAUAGGGAAACUCCUCGCACAGUUGCCAGUAGAAAAGCAGCCGGCAAUAAAGGUGCAACUGCAAAAGCUACGCAAUCUUGUCCAGGAAUGCAUGGGAUACGAGGAGCAGCCACAGGUGGUGGAACAUGCGGCACUCUAUCUGUUCUGGCUGCUGCUCGAACAACGCGUGCUGCUGGUGGCCACCACAAAUCGAUUGCAUGCCAUGUUUGGUCAGACAUUCGAUAGGAAGAGUAAACAGAUUCACAGCACAAUCUUGGCCAUAGCUGAUGCACUGGAGGAGCAUGAACUGCAGGCCUUGAAGCGCUGGAUGCAGUCACAAAGGAAGACCUACGAUCGUCCGCUGUGGGGUGAACAUAUCCAUAUAAAUGUCACUCCCGCUGAAUGGCAGGAUGUGAGUUUGCUAACGAAUCUUUCGCCGGAUGCCUUGCUCAAGAAUCGCACUGUUAACAAGUUUAGCAUGAAACUCAAGUCUAAUGGGGCGUCCAUGCUGCCCGCAGUUCAGAGCACAGAUGGCUACAAGCUCAGCUCGGAGCUGGAAUCGCUGCUGAACAUCUCACAGCAGCUGGAAGAUGAGCAGCUACUCAGUCGAGUGGGUGAAAUACUUGCCUCCAAGCGCAGCAGCGAGGAUCUGCAGAAUGAGCUGAUUGAGCUGCUGGGCUUUGAGCACUUUGAGCUGGUGAUGCAGCUGCUCCAAGAGCGCAUGAAGAUCGCCCAGCAGCUGGAACAGUUUGCGACGAGAACGCGGCGUGUCAAGCAGGUGAAACAGAAGCGAGAACAGGGAAAUGUCGGCACAGAGAAGCGUCCAACAGUGGCCACCGCUGUGGUGGUGCAAUCCGAGCAGGAGAAGCAAAUUGGCAAGCUGCAGCGACGCGAGGAGAAGAAGCUACAACGCAUCCUGCGCAGCAUCAAGGACAAUGAGGAGCAUGAAGAGGAAGCGGGUGGAGCAGUUGCCAUUUCCGCACAGCAGCUGCGCAUGCAACAUCAACGCAAGCUGCUGGAGGCGGCACAACGGGAACCGCUGCUGCUGUCCACCAAGGCGGAAAAGGCCGAGCACUCCACGCACACGUACACGGCUCCCAUACGUUAUCCCUAUGUCUUUGAUAGCCAGCUGGAGGCCAAGCAGCAUGCGGGAUUCAUUGGCGGCAGUCGGAUAACAUUGCCAGAGAAUGCACAACGCAUCGACGGCAAACAGUGGGAGGAAGUCAAGAUUCCAGCGAGUGAACCGCCACCUUUGACCGUGGGCAAUCAAAGGAUUAAGAUCAGCGAACUAGAUGACAUUGGACAGAUGGCAUUUGCCAACUGUAAGGAGUUGAAUCGCAUACAAUCCGUCGUCUAUCCUGUGGCCUAUCACAGCAAUGAGAACAUGCUGGUCUGUGCGCCAACUGGAGCGGGAAAGACCAAUGUGGCCAUGUUGAGCAUCGUUCACACAAUACGCUGUCAUCUAGAGCAGGGCGUCAUCAAUCGGGAUCAGUUCAAAAUAGUCUACAUUGCGCCCAUGAAAGCCCUUGCCUCGGAGAUGGUCGAGAACUUCUCCAAGCGCCUGAAAUCGCUGCAGAUUCUGGUGCGGGAAUUGACGGGCGACAUGCAGCUGACCAAGGCGGAGAUGUCGGCUACACAGAUACUGGUGACCACUCCAGAGAAGUGGGAUGUAGUCACCAGAAAGGGCAGCGGAGAUGUGGCGUUAAUCAGUCUCGUGAAGCUGCUCAUCAUUGAUGAAGUGCAUCUGCUGCACGGAGAACGUGGUCCGGUUGUAGAGGCACUGGUGGCACGCACUCUGCGUCUGGUGGAGUCCUCACAGUCCAUGAUACGCAUUGUGGGAUUGUCGGCAACGUUGCCCAAUUACAUUGACGUGGCGCACUUUCUGCGUGUGAAUCCCAUGAAGGGUCUGUUCUACUUCGACUCGCGUUUCCGACCCGUUCCCCUGGACACCAACUUCAUUGGCAUUAAGUCGGUGAAGCCGCUGCAGCAGAUUGCCGACAUGGAUCAGUGCUGCUAUCAGAAAUGCCUGGAGAUGGUUCAACAGGGUCAUCAGGUGAUGGUCUUUGUCCAUGCCCGCAAUGCCACCGUGAGAACGGCGAAUGUUCUCCGUGAGUUGGCGCAACAGAACAACACAAGUGCAGCAUUUCUUCCGGCGGAUAACAAUGCUCAUGGUCUGGCCAGUCGCUCCAUACAGAAGAGCAGGAACAAGCAGCUGGUGGAGCUGUUCUCCUGCGGAUUGGCAAUGCACCAUGCGGGCAUGUUGCGUGCCGAUCGUCAAAUGGUCGAGAAGUACUUUGUGGAGGGUCACAUCACAGUCCUCGUCUGCACGGCAACCCUGGCCUGGGGCGUCAACUUGCCAGCCCAUGCCGUUAUCAUACGUGGCACGGAUAUCUAUGACGCCAAGCAUGGCAGCUUUGUGGAUCUGGGCAUCCUGGAUGUCCUGCAGAUCUUUGGACGCGCCGGACGUCCUCAGUUCGAUAAGAGCGGCGUGGGCACCAUCAUCACCAGCUACGACAAGCUCAAUCAUUAUCUCUCCCUGCUCACCAAUCAGUUCCCUAUCGAAUCCAACUUUGUGCAGUGUCUGGCGGAUAAUCUGAACGCUGAGAUUGGACUGGGCACCAUUUGCAAUGUGGAGGAGGCCAUCGAGUGGCUCAGCUACACUUAUCUCUUUGUCCGCAUGCGAAUCAAUCCCCAUGUCUAUGGCAUUGAGUACGCCGAGCUGCAGAAGGAUCCCACCUUGGAGGCACGUCGUCGACAGCUCAUCAUGUCCGCAUCGAUGAGUUUGGACAAGGCCAAGAUGAUGCGCUUCAAUCAGCGCACAAUGGACAUGAACAUCACUGACUUGGGACGCACUGCAUCACAUUUCUACAUCAAAUACGACACGGUGGAAACCUUCAACGAACUGAUGAAGCCUUUCAUGAACGAAUCCGAGCUGCUGGCCAUGAUGUCACAGGCCCAGGAAUUCCAGCAGCUCAAAGUGCGAGAUGACGAGAUGGAGGAACUGGACGAACUGCGGGAAUAUUACUGCAAGCUCAAGGCGUUUGGAGGCAGCGAGAAUGUCUGCGGCAAGGUGAACAUUCUGAUACAGACAUACCUGUCCAAUGGCUAUGUAAAGUCCUUCUCCUUGACCUCGGAUAUGUCGUACAUUACCCAAAACAUUGGCCGGAUUGCCCGAGCUCUGUUCUCCAUUGUGCUGAGACAGAACAAUGCAAUCCUGACCGGAAGGAUGCUGCAGCUGUGCAAGAUGUUUGAGCGGAGGCAGUGGGAUUACGACAGUCAUUUGCGACAGUUUCCGGCUAUUAAUGCGGAGACGAUUGACAAGCUGGAGCGACGUGGACUGAGCAUCUAUCGGUUGAGGGACAUGGAACAGCGGGAGCUGAAGGAAUGGCUAAGGAGUGAUCGUUAUGCGGAGUUGGUGAUACGAUCCGCUCAAGAGUUGCCUUUGUUGGAGGUGGAGGCGAGUCUACAACCGAUUACGAGAACUGUUCUUCGGAUCACUGUAAACAUUUAUCCGGAUUUCACUUGGAAUGAUCGUGUGCACGGCAAGACAAGUCAACAUUUCUGGCUGUGGAUUGAGGAUCCCGAGUCCAAUUACAUAUACCACUCGGAGCUGUUCCAAGUCAAUCGUAAGAGUGUGUUUAGCGGACAAUCUCAACAGCUGGUGAUGACCAUACCACUAAAGGAGCCACUGCCUCCGCAGUAUUACAUUCGAGUGACCAGCGACACUUGGCUGGGCAGCACCACAUGUGUUCCCCUGUCAUUCCAGCAUCUGGUGCUGCCGGAACAUCAUCCACCACUGACGGAGUUGCUGCCACUGCGUCCACUGCCCGUGAGCAGUUUGCAGAACGAUCUCUACGAGUCGCUCUACAAGUUCUCACACUUUAAUCCCAUCCAGACGCAGAUCUUCCAUUGUCUCUAUCAUACGGAUAACAAUGUGCUCCUGGGUGCGCCCACAGGAAGUGGCAAGACAAUUGUCGCGGAGAUUGCCAUCUUUCGUGCUAUAAAUCUGAAUCCCAAGUGCAAAGUGGUUUAUAUUGCUCCACUCAAGGCGCUGGUUAAGGAACGCAUCUCGGAUUGGCAGCAACGCUUCGAGAGAUCCUCCUUGGGACUGAAAGUGGUGGAGUUAACUGGUGAUGUUACUCCAGAUAUACAAGCUAUACGUGAAUCCCAAUUGAUUGUGACCACGCCGGAGAAAUGGGACGGCAUCAGUCGGUCCUGGCAGACGCGGGAGUAUGUGCAGCAUGUUUCACUCAUUGUCAUCGAUGAGAUUCAUCUGCUGGGCGAGGAUCGUGGUCCUGUCAUUGAGGUUAUUGUCUCGCGAACUAAUUUUAUCAGCUCCCACACGGGCAGAUCCAUACGUAUUGUGGGCUUGUCCACGGCUCUGGCCAAUGCACAGGAUUUGGCCAACUGGCUGGGCAUCCAGCGCAUGGGAUUGUACAAUUUCAAGCCCUCGGUGCGUCCGGUGCCGCUGCAAGUGCACAUCAAUGGCUUCCCGGGGAAACACUACUGUCCUCGCAUGGCCACCAUGAAUCGUCCCACUUUCCAGGCCAUCAGAACCUAUUCUCCCUGUGAACCCACCAUUGUGUUUGUCUCCUCCAGGCGACAGACGCGUCUCACCGCCUUGGAUCUGAUCACCUUUGUGGCCGGCGAUGAGAAUCCCAAGCAGUUCCUCCACAUUGCCGAACAGGAAAUGGAGCUCAUACUGCAGAAUAUACGUGAUCAGAAUCUUAAGUUCUGUCUGGCAUUUGGCAUUGGAUUGCAUCAUGCCGGCUUGCAGGAGCCGGAUCGCAAGUGUGUCGAGGAGCUGUUCCUCAAUCGAAAGAUUCAGGUGCUGGUGGCCACCGCGACGCUGGCCUGGGGCGUCAAUCUGCCCGCCCAUCUGGUGGUCAUCAAGGGCACCGAAUACUUUGACGGCAAGGUGAAGAAAUACGUGGACAUGCCCAUUACGGAUGUGCUUCAGAUGAUGGGCAGAGCGGGUAGACCGCAAUUCGACAACGAGGGAGUCGCCGUCGUUCUGGUCCAUGAUGAGAAGAAGAACUUUUACAAGAAGUUCCUGUACGAUCCGUUCCCCGUGGAGUCGAGUCUCCUGGGUGUGCUGCCGGAGCACAUCAAUGCGGAGAUUGUGGCGGGCACAGUGCAGACGAAGCAAGCUGCCCUGGAUUACCUCACCUGGACGUACUUCUUCCGUCGACUGUUGCGCAAUCCAUCCUACUAUCAGCUGGAGGGCGUGGAGCCGGAGAAUGUGAAUGCCUUUAUGUCCAGCCUGGUGGGCAAGGUUGUUUAUGAGCUAACGGGAGCUGCCUGCGUUGUGGAACGUGAUGGUUAUCUGGUGCCCACAUUUCUGGGCAGGAUUAGCUCCUACUACUAUCUGUCCUAUCGUACCAUGAAGCAUUUCCUGGAGGAUCUAGAGCCAGGCAUGGAUACCAAGCUGGUUCUCCUCGCCAUCUGCGAUUCCUACGAGUUUGAUCAGCAACCUGUGCGCCACAACGAGGAUAAGCACAACGAGGAGCUGGCGGAGAUUUGUCGCUUCAGGCCACUCUCAGCCAGCUGGGAUUCACCUUACACCAAGACAUUCCUGCUGCUCCAGGCACACUUCUCCCGUCUGGCACUGCCCAACUCGGAUUAUCUGACGGACACAAAGUCGGCGCUGGAUAAUGCAACACGUGUGAUGCAGGCCAUGGUGGAUUACACGGCGGAACGAGGUUGGCUAUCCACCAGUCUGGUGGUGCAACAAUUGAUGCAGUGCGUCAUCCAGGCACGCUGGUUCGAUGCAUGCGAGUUCCUUACACUGCCCGGAGUGGAUGACAGCAAUGUUGAUGUCUUCCUAAACAUACCACAUGACAAUCAUGAUUACUUGACACUGCCGGUCCUAAAGGAGCUGUGUAGAAAGGACUAUGAGCUGCUGGCUGCUCCACUGCGUGAUGCCUUCGAGGAGCACGAGAUCGAGCAGAUUUAUAGGGUUAUUCAAGAUUUACCAGAGAUUGCAUUGCAAAUAUCUGUGGAGGGACGUUAUCUGGGGGAGGAAUAUGCCAAGCGACCGCUUUCCAUUGUGGAUGGUACCAUCGUGUGGACUCCAUUGCAUGCCAACGAGGAGUAUGUGCUGUGUGUGGAUCUGCAGCGUCUCAAUGUUGCCGGACAACGUCGAGGCGCUGGACAAAGCAAUGCCAUCCACUGUCCCAAGUAUCCCAAGCCGAAGAACGAGGCUUGGUUCUUGACUCUCGGCUCGCAGUCCAACGACGAACUGUUGGCCAUGAAGCGUCUGAGCUUGCGAGGAACCCGCUCCUCCAAUCGCAUAUCAUUUCAAGCGACGCCUCGUCGUGGACGCCUGCAGCUCACCCUGUAUUUAAUGUCCGACUGUCUGAUUGGCUUUGAUCAACAGUACGAUCUGCACUUUGAGAUUAUCGAUGCCAAGGCAUAAAAAAAAUGACACAAAUUAUUAAUUAAUAUUCAUUCAUUCUUCAAACUGGAGGCUUAAUUAGUACAAUAGUUAUUAUAAUAAUAAUAGUAGUCUAACUGAAGUUGCAUGUGAUUCCCAGUCUAACAUUUUUAUAUAUUGCAAUCUGCGAUCUUGAACUUGCAGUGACAGCUAUUAUGUUAAGUAUCCAUGUUGUAAUUAUGCCCAUUAAAGCCAACCACUGAAAUCUUUUUACCAACAA